CCCUGUCACUGCUGUCAGACAGCCUGUAUUUAUGGUGACCAUAUCUCAGCAAUUUUCCUUAAUGACAGAGGACGCCUUCGCCCAAUUAAAGAUUUCGAACAACCUAAUUGGUGUAUUUUGUUUGUUUCUUCUCCUCUAAGCGACUGUUUGUUAUGGCUUCUACAAGGAUACUGGAGGUUGUAAGUUUGGGGUAAGACUUGGACAGUGCGUACACAUCUCUUUAUACCUGCUGAGCGCAGGUAGCCUGGGGGGAAACGGUUUUUACUAUGCAUAUCAUUGUGGCAAGAAGCUACAGUCCUAGUACGAACCCGGCAGACAGAACAACAUGGCGGCGUGGGGUCACACCUGACGCGGAGGACCACGGAAGCGUAGGGAGGAAGCCCGAGAACACGGUACGCCGUCGAUGCCAGGGACUACCGGGAACGUUCGCGACGAUGUCUGCGGAGCUGCAGUGGCCGAACCCCGCCCAACGCGUGACAUUUAACGUAGCGGGGAUGACAUUCGAAGUUACCGCCCGAGUUCUGGACAGGUAUCCGAAGACGCUUCUUGGAUGCCCGCGUCGCUUGCGAAAGUUUUGGGACCCUGCUCGGCAAGAAUACUUUCUCGACAGACACAGACCAAGCGCCGAGGCUAUCGUAGACUUCUACCGUACUGGGAGACUCAGAAGACCAGAGGAGGUGCCUAUAGAAGUGUUUACAGACGAAAUUAAGUUCUACCAACUAGGCGAUGACGUCAUGAGGCGGUUUAGGGCAAGCGAAGGAUUUCAAAGGAGAAAAGUUCGUGUUCUCCCUCAAAAGAAACAUCUAGCGCCAAUUUGGUUGAUGUUUGAGUACCCUGAUAGCUCGAUAUGGGCGGCAAUGUUGGCGUUUGUGUCUGUGUCUUUUAUAUUGCUGUCCAUCGCGUCCAUUUGUACGGAAAGUUUUCCUCAGUUCAGACUCGCGAGGGCUGCUGACCAACUGGACAGGUCAAAUUUCGGCCGACCUCUGGGAACAAGGUUCGGUAACCGAUCCGGCCAUGUAAACACGACCCACAAUAGCACCGACUCAUGCGGAACAAACGCGACGGGAAAUUUCACCGGAAACAACGUCUCCUGCUUCCAAACUUCUGAAGCUGUCAGGCAGAAGAGUACGGAUUUCCACGAUCCGUUCUUCGCGAUUGACACCGUCUGCACCGCCUGGUUUUCUCUGGAACUUUUCGUGCGAUUUCUGUGCUGCCCUGACAGAGUAAGGUUCUGUAAGGGCAAGAUGAACAUCAUAGAUUUUGUUUCCGUCGUGCCGUACUUUUUCAUGUUGAUAAUAGAGAUCCCGGGAGUACCGGCAACGACAGGACUUGAAUAUUUCCUACAGGUGCUGCGUCUGACACGCGUUUUGAGAGUUCUAAAACUCUCUCGCUACAGCCAAGGGCUACAGACCAUGGGGAAGACUGUACUAAAAAGCCUCUCACAAAUCGGGUCGCUCAUACUCUUCCUCUCCAUACUAACCAUCCUUUUCUCUUCGUUGAUAUACUUCACAGGACAGAUAGACCCUGAACCGAGAUUUAAGAGCAUUCCGGACGGGUUUUGGUGGUCUUUGAUAACAAUGUUGACGGUCGGGUACGGCGAUGUUUCACCGAAGACGCUUCUUGGGAAACUUGUGGGUUCGGUGUGCGCGUUUGCCGGGAUGUUGGCUAUAGCCCUACCGGUGCCUAUCAUCGUCAGUAACUUCGAGCUCCUCUACAACAUCCAACCUGACGACGAGAAUCUGUACGGGAGUCAGGAAGAGGUCGAGCCCGACGUGGUCUCUUCCACUAGCGACGGGGGGUACCAGAGCGGCUCGGUGUGUACGGACCAGUUUGAGUCUCCCAGACGGACUCAAAAUCACUCCAACCACAGCGACGCAGACGAUGUGUCUUGGAUUCGAUCAGAACAGGACCAAUCAAAUGGCUUUCUUCAGUUAGAGACUGUUUUGUGAGCUACAGAUCCGUAAGAAUCGUCUUGACAAUGCACCAAUCACAGUGGAGCAAAGGGUAAACGGUUUCUGCAACGCACAAUCAUACGGCAUGUCUUGGAUUCGAUCAGAACAGGACCGAUCAAAUGGCUUUCUCCAGUUAGAGACUGUAUUGUGAGGUACGGACCAGUUAGAAUCGUCUUGACAAUGCGCCAAUCACAGUGGAGCAAACGGUUUGUACA